GUACGGUUCCACUCCACGUAAGGAGGGAGGAGAGGGAGCUAUGGCGUGGGUACGCAGUGUCGUGUCUUCAGCCUGGCUGGCUGAGGCUAUCCGCACGGCCAAGGCGGGCACGCUGCGGGUGCUGGAUUGCUCCUGGUACCUGCCCACGGUGCCGCGCAACGGCAGGAAGGAGUUCAAGGAGCGGCACAUCCCGGGUGCCGUUUUCUUCGACCUUGAUGAGUGCAGCGACACCUCGUCGCCCUACGAGCACAUGAUGCCGUCGGCCGAGCACUUCGGCCAGUAUGUGGGAGCCCUGGGCAUCGGCAACGCCACGCACGUCGUGGUCUACGACGCCAGCGAUUGGGGGAUGUUCUGCUCGCCGCGGGUCUGGUGGAUGUUCCGGGCUUUCGGGCACAGACGGGUGUCGGUGCUGGACGGGGGGUUGAAGCUCUGGUGCCGCCAGGGUCUGCCGGUUACCGCCGAGAUUCAGCAGCUGCCUCCCGCCCAGUUCCAGCCGCAGCCCCGACCUCUUGUCAAGAGCUUCGAGCAGGUCCUGGACAACAUUGACAGCAAGGAGUUCCAGUUGGUGGAUUCCAGACCCUCGGGCAGGUUCCAAGGCACCCAACCUGAGCCCAGACCAGGUUUCGACCCUGGUCACAUCCCAGGCAGUGUCAAUAUCCCUUUCAUUGAAUUCUUGGACCCAGAGACUCUAAGGAUCAAGAGUGAGAAGGAACUGCGGAGCAUCUUUGAAGAGUGUGGUGUGGACCUGUCCAGACCGCUGGUAGGCACCUGUGGCACAGGGGUCUCUGCCUGCCACAUUGCUCUUGCUGCCAACCUCUGCGGGCAAGACGACGUGAUGAUCUACGAUGGUGCCUGGGUGGAGUGGUUCAAAAGAGCUAACCCGAGUUACAUCAUCUCGGUGAAAAGUGAGAAAACUGGGUAAUCACCACUGAAGUCAAUGGUUUGGGGUUGACUUCUGAGAUCUGUGAAAAAUUACUGAGUCUCUUUUUUAAACCAGCGGCAAGGCACUCUUAUCUAAUAUUGUACUAGGAGGAAAUAUUAAAACAAAAUGUGUUUUAAAUGUUCUGGUUAAAUGUUCUAUAUAUGCUGUGGGAUAUUCCAAGAAUAUGUCUGGCACUCUUUAUGGCAGUGUGUAGCGACAGUAACAUCCUCCUCUUCACACUUGUGGUUUCCAUUAGCUGGUGAAUUAACCGACUAGGUGUUGGAUGUCUGUUUAUCUUCUGAUCCUUAUGGUUCUUCCGGGAGUCAAAAAGUGGUGAGCAGUCUUAAUUCUAAAGAUUGUACAAAUACUAAGCAAACUAAAUAAAAAGCUGAGAAAGGAUGCUGAGAGGUGAAUUCAAAGUCAAAUGAAUAAAGAAGCAAAACGUGGUGCCUCUGAAUAAUCCUUUUAUAGAUAAGAAAUUCCUUAGAUAAGGAUAACCUAGUUACUAGGCUACAUAAUUAAAAUAAUUACAUCACGUGGGUGAUGUGCUGAUACUUAGCCAGUGAAAAAGGUGUUAAACCAUUAGUUUAGCUGUUAUACCACUUUCUGCCUGACAGUAGGGAUGAAACACUACGUACUGUGAAAAAUACAUGAGUUUAUUUAAGAAUACAAGUCUUAUAAAAAGUAUUAUUAAAAAAAUAGUGGUCUUCAAAAGUGGGUUGAGAAAUGCCAAGGUGACUCCUCAAGGUGUUGAGGUGGAACUAUUAAAGAGAGGGGAAUAUGCAAGCAAACAUCAUGCAGAACACUGACAUGAUAGUGUAGUGGUUAGCGUGACGCUAUCACAGCUCGAGAUGUGGGAGUCUGGAGCUUAAUCCUGGAGUCCUCUCCAAGGAAUGCAUGGGUUACCUCCAGGUUCUCUGGUUUCCUCCCACAGUUCAAAGACCUAGUGGUUAAUAGGUUAAUGGUCGCUGUAUAUGUCCCCUGAUUAGUCUAAGUUUAAAUUGGUGGGUUGACAGCGAAGCUCAUUGAGCUGUCAGGGCCUGUUGCGUACUGUGUGUCUAAAUAAAUAAAAAUAGAUACAUUUAGAAAAGCAACCUUAGUCAUGAAAUCCCAGGAGUCAGCAAUGAACCCUCAAUUUCUGAUUUGUUUGAGGUUGUUACCAAUUAAACCAGCUGCUCCAAAGGAUGCAUCACACAGGCGUAUUAUUCCAACAGGGCAGCCCUGGUUUCUGAUUGAGAGCAUGAAUCCUUGAGAGUUUAGAAUCACAGAAGUCUGAAUAUUGUUGAUCCUUUAAAUGAUCAUCAUUCUUCCAAAAUGCAUUUGUCAGAAGGCCAAAGUUUUAACAUGCAGGAUUGUAGGCAGUUUCUCGGCCGCCAUCAAAAGUGGAAGGCAGUUGGGCCAAGAGUUAAAUUUAGGUUAUUCUGUCCUGUCACUAACCUAAGCCAUGCCAAGCAAGUGCUAAAACACUUCCCUUCAGCAAGGACAAAAUGUUAGAUAUGGGAAGGAAGGAAUUGAAUUGAAAAUGAUGUGGGGGGGGAACAUCAGAAAGAAAAUCUGUGAUAAAUUCAACAUAAGCUUAAAAAAUGCCUAUUGUCCUAAUUAAUUAAUAAUUAAAAUAGCCUCUGAACUGAUUUACUGGAGGUUGAAUAUUAGGUGCCGUAGAGAUGCAGCAAUAUGAUCCAACAUAAACAGCAUUUUACAAACUUAUAACCAGUUACAGAUUUGAGAACUUUGAUUGUAUAAAAAGAAUAAGGCUGUGAAAUUGUCUGAAGACCUUGUGCCUUGCCUUGUUGAUAUUGUACUUAUCCUUCCAAUAAAGGCAAGAUAGGAAACAUAGA